AUGGUUGGGGUUUGGAGAGAAAAAGUUGUUGAAAACCCUAACAAUGGUAAUCUUAUCAACAACAAUAAGAAUAACAAAAUCAAUGGAAGAAAAUCUGAAAAACAGACAAGGAACAAUGACAAGGAGCACGGCAAAGGGAAUAAGAUGAAGCCAAUGGAAACCACAGAUAACCAUGACAAGAAGCACGACAAAGAUUAUGAGACAAAGCUGAUAGAAACCACGGUUAGUACUAUAAGCAAUGGUGAUCUAUUAGAAUAUGAGAUACUUACUAGACUUCCAGUGAAAUCACUAAUGCGAUUUAUGUGUGUGUGCAAACGUUGGGAAUCAUUAAUCAAGGAAGAUCCGAACUUUAUUUCUUUACACUUUACUAGAUCAAAAACACGGCCAUGCCUUUUUAUCGCAGCUAUACUGGAGCCUUCCCGCCGCCUACGGCAUUGGGGUGACGGCCAUCUUGACUGGGACAGCCAGGGUAGCCGGUCUCAUAAAUUUUUAUGGUCAACUAACUUGUUGAAAAGUGAAGGUGAAUUAACAAUAACCAUUCCCAGCUCGAUGGAAACACGUCCAUGCGUUUACGAUAAAAUAUUGAGGCCAGUAAACGGUUUGAUAUGUAUGGUUAAUCUCGAUUGUUGUUUGGAACCCAGGGAUGAUAGUGUUUGUGUAUAUAAUCCAGGUACCAGAGGAUUUAUCACACCGUGGGUUAAACCAAAUUUUGAAAAAAGAACUAUGAAAAGGGAGUAUAAUUUUGGAUUUGUUCCUCUCACUAAGGAACACAAAGUGAUCUGCUUGUGGACACAGCACGACAAUGAUUCCAAUGUUUUCUGUGAGGUCUUGACAGUAGGCCAAACUAUUUGGAGAAGAAUCCAUGAUCAGGUCCCGUAUUACGAUUUUAUGGACAGCCAAUCUGUUUAUUCGAGUGGUUGUAUAUAUUGGAGCAAUGUGUAUCUGGAGGAGGAGGAAGUACUGGAUGUAGAUGAGGUCCUGGUGGUGUUUGAUGUUGGGAGAGAAAAAUUCAGAGUGAUUUCUGUCCCUAGUUUCAUCAGUGAUCGACCAACCGCUAAUGUGGACAAUGGUUUCGUUCUUGAUUUAUUAGAAGUAGAUGGACGGGUGACCAUUUUGCGUAUGAUGAGCAGUUACGUCAAGUUGUGCAUAUUUGAUGAUGACCAUGGUGACAGCAACAAGAACAACAAAAAUACUACAACUAGUAGUAGUAACAAAAACUGGACUGAAGUUAUUAUCACAUUACCAUUUUCCUACAGUGAAAAUACGAGUUUAUAUUUUCAUACUAUACCGGGAACAGACCAGAUUAUACUUGAAACGUACAAAAUAAGUAAGUUUGUUAAUUCUCAUAGUAGAAAAAUCAGUUCGAUCUUGUUGUUUAUUUACGACUGGAAAAAGAAGACUUUCAGGAGGAUUAAUAUCGAUGGAAUUCCCUCUUCCACUCGUUAUCGGGUUUUUGCACAUGACACCGGGUUAUUUAGAUCAAUUGACCCCUCCUUUCUAUUUCAGUACUCUGCGCACGUCACCUUAUUUACAACUUUCGUUGAAAGCCUUUGGCCUGUUCGGAUGAAACCAGUACCAUGUGAUGCAAAACCACGGACAUCAAAUUAA